UAACUCAGCCGAAAUAGUGUAUUUAAUAGCGUGUGGACGCGGUUGUGCGUGCAUUGUGCGCUUUGCGUCGUGUUGGUAUUCGCACCAUUUGACUCGAUUUUAGUAUCGUUUGUAUCGUAUACAGCCUUAAAUCUGGUCCCGUUGGUAGUAGGCCCCUAUUUUGAUGUGUUCCGCAUGAUACAGCUUUCACGAAGCCUUCUGUUGCGACUAUGGGCGACGCAAAAGACAAGAUUCCUCAGGAAUCCAACGAACAGCGUGGGAGCGGCGACGAUUCCGAAGAUGAAAGCGAAGUCCUAGAAGAGAGCCCUUGUGGCCGAUGGCUCAAGCGGAGGGAAGAGGUUCAGCAGCGGGACAUUCCAGGCAUAGAUGCUGCCUACCUUGCAAUGGACACAGAUGAGGGUGUCGAAGUUGUCUGGAACGAAGUCAAGUUCUCUGAAAGGAAAAAUUUCAAGGCCAAAGAGGAGAAAAUCCGUGAGGUCUUUGACAGCUUGGCUCAACUUGAGCACCCAAACAUAGUCAAGAUCCACAAGUACUGGAUGGACAAGGACUCGGAAAAGCCAAGAGUCAUUUUCAUCACUGAGUACAUGUCCAGCGGAUCGCUGAAGCAGUUCCUAAAGAAAACGAAGCGAAAUGUCAUCAAGCUCCCCCUGCAGGCAUGGAAGAGAUGGUGCAACCAGAUUCUCUCGGCCCUAAGUUACCUCCACUCUUGUCUGCCACCCAUCCUGCACGGCAAUAUGACAUGCGACACCAUUUUCAUCCAGCACAACGGCCUCGUCAAGAUUGGAUCUGUGGCACCUGAUGCAAUCAACCACCAUGUCAAGACUUUUCGGGAAAACAUCAAGAAUGUGCACUUUGUGGCGCCCGAGUAUGGAAGUAAGUCGACUGCGCCUGUUGUAACACCCGCUGCUGACAUAUACUCGUUUGGGAUGUGUGCUCUAGAGAUGGCAGCACUGGAGAUUCCUGGAAAUGGUGAUUCGGGCACGCAAAUCACCGAAGAAGUCGUCAACAAGACGAUCGAGUCUUUAGAAAACGUUCAGCAAAAGGACUUUAUCCGCAAGUGCCUGCGAAAAAAUCCGCUGGAGAGGCCCACUGCCAGGGAGCUGCUGUUUCAUCCAGUCAUCUUUGAGGUUCACUCCCUGCAAGUCCUGGCAGCACAUGUCAUCAUCGAAAGUGCCUCUUAUCACCCAGACCAACUGACGGAUGAGGCCGUGAUUUCGAGGUACAGCCAGGCAGACAUCGUUGCCGAGAUUACUCACCGGGACGGCAGGGUUGGAGUGCAGCUGCGGAAGAACGAGGUGCCCAAGCUGGAGCUGGAGAAGCUGCUGGAAGAUGUCAGAAAUGGCAUCUACCCCUUGACGGCAUUUGUCAUGUCGCACCAGCCGGUCGUGAGGCCCCGAGCGUCAUCACCCGAGGUGUCCGAGUCUGUCCAGUCCGCAUCACCAGAACCGUUCGACGCUGAGACGCGCCGCAUUAUAAACAUGAUGUGCAACAUCAAGCAGCAAGACGAAUCUCAAAACUUUGUCAUGACACUCUUGCUGCGUAUGGACGACAAAAUGAAUCGCCAAUUGACUUGUGAGCUCAGCAUAAAGGACACGCCAUCCGUGCUGGCCACAGAGCUGGUUCACUAUGGCUUCAUCAACAAGGAUGACAGAAAUAUGGUGGAGGUUCUGAUCCAGGACACGCUAAGCCGCAGUCACAUUCCAGGCAUCUCCAAUCAAGGUCAAGGAGCCCCAAUCUCCGUCGGUGCCGCGUGACCUCCCACCUCGAGACCAUCCUCUUUAGUCAUGGUGCCGUCUCUUUAGAAUGGACUCCGGGGGGCGAGAGAGAUGGGGCUGGUGUUGUCUGUGCCUGUGUGGGGUGUGCUUGUCCAAGGAACUGCUAGCUUCUCGAGGAACUGCUAGCUUUCUUUCUAGUGUGUGCAUGUGCGAAAGUGGUUGCUCGUGCAGCAAUUGCAAUGUUGACCGCUCCCACUUGCCUUGCGAAUAAAGGUGGGGUUUCUCAAGGUCAGUCGAAAGCCAUCUGUGAGUUCGGCCUUUCCCAAUUUUUUCUUUCUUUUUUUGGCUCCGGAAGGAGCAAGCCGGGGCCAAGUGCUCGCGUACUGUACAGAAGUUUGUAUAUCGUGGAGUGAGGUGGAAACUUGAGCUGAAGAGAGAGGAUCAGGGGAAGGGUUCUAGUGCAAUAGGUUGUAUCAUGCUAGAGCUUUUCUUAGCAUCAUUUGUACUAGCCAUAUUUUGUGUUACGCUGCUCUGACAACCCCGUCUGUGCUACCAGGUGCUUGGCGCAUCAGCACAAGCAACAGCUGCCGAAAGAAACUUGUGUGACGUGCACUGGUUUAAGGCUACCAGAACUUGCUUUAAAUGAGCUCUUGUGCUGAGCUUUCGCAAUGCAGCACAGUCCUUAUGCAGUAUACUAGUCCUUGUUAGCAGCCCGCAGUAGUGCUGGCAUGAGACGAAAUCUAUUGGCAGAUGAAGCGACUUCCAGGGGGACAUGUCUGUCCACUGCUUUGAAAAUGUUGUGGAACACUGUUCCUGAGAAGGCAUGCACUGCACCGGCGCUACAGUCGCUAAUUAAUCGAAAGAGCACAUUUAGUCUUUGCUGCCCCCCCCCCCCCCUCUCUCUCCCCAGUACUGUACAAAGGUUGUCAGGAUAACCGCAAGAAAGCUAUUGUCAUUUUGCAUGAUAGCAUAAGGGAUAGCACAUGCCUUGGAAAGCUGAACGUGCAUUCCCGCUUCCUUUUUACAAUGCUGUUUGUAUGAAAAGCAAAAGAAGGCCUUUUAAAAAAACAUCCUUUUCUCUGCUCUGCACUUGGGCUAGUUGCCAUCCUUCAUUGUGCCACUUUUUUUAGCCAUGGCGUGUCUUAAACUGAUGUCACACUGUCACAUUGUCACACUGUCACAUUUUCGAUCACAGGGCUCAGUUGCCAUCGAAAGUAGCCAUGUGACACUAAUGUUAUCGCAAAAUUAUUUUUAACAACAGUGGGCGCAGUAGCUUACAGCAAGGUUUGCUUGGUGGAGAAGUUUGCGAGAACAAGAGGUGGUCACCCACAUGACAGUUGGAGUAUGCCUUAGUGAGCUGUUAAUUAUGCAUUAGCCUUCAUUGAGCAUUCUCUAGUGGUGCUUUAUGGUUGCCAGGAACAAAAAGGGUAGGAUUUCAGCUGAUUACCAGGCAUGUAUUUUUGCUUUUUAACAGAUAUACAACUGAAAGGUGUGGCCUUUCUUUUUUUUCUGCCUAGUUUAAGGUGUCUCGCUUCAAUUUUGUUGUUUCUGUGAAUAGAAUUUGUCUGCCACUGGGGACUAUGAAUAAAAAUUUAAGCCUUCA